GAAAGAAGAUGCAAAAAGGCUUUUGCUUUUUGACACUUUCAGUCAUCAAAUCAAAGUACACUACAAUGACUACGCGUGAAAAAAUUGCCUAAAGCCAGGAGGAUUUAUUCUUGAGAAGUGUCCUCUCACCACAAACACUGUAAAUCCCAAUUUCGGACAUGAAUUCCGUCAAAGUUAAACCAACUACGCAGUGCCAUGUGGUGGCUAUGCCUUAUCCAGGUCGCGGCCACAUCAACCCCAUGAUGAACCUCUGCAAGAUACUAGCUUCCAAAAAGAAGGAUAUUCUCAUCACCUUCGUUGUCACUGAAGAAUGGCUCAGUUUCAUCGGCUCCGAUCCUAAGCCCGACAACGUUCGCUUCAGCACCAUACCUAACGUUAUCCCAUCGGAGCUAGUCCGCGCCGCUGACAUUUUCUCUUUCUUCGAAGCUACCAUGACAAAGUUGGAAGCUCCGUUUGUGCAGCUCCUUGAUCAGCUUGAGCUACCCGUUACAGUUAUCAUGGCUGAUACUGUGCUUUCCUGGGUGGUUGGCGUCGGCAACCGGAGGAAUAUUCCGGUCGCAUCGCUUUGGACUAUGUCACCGUCUAUGCUCUCGACGACCAUUCAACGUUUUCAAGCUGAUUUCAUCUCAGAAGCUGAGGAGCGGGUAGUGGAUACUGCUCAUGAUCAGAGAGUUCAACAAAUGUCACAAAGGUUCUUCGAAGCUUGUUCAUGUGUAACCAAAGCACAAUAUCUCUUAUUGGCUUCCAUUUAUGAGUUGGAAUCCGAGACAAUUGAUGUUCUAAAAUCACAAUUCUCAUUUCCUGUAUAUGCUGUGGGCCCAACCAUACCUCUCUUAGAUCUUGAAGAAAAUAUGAAUCCCGGUAACCAAAACUAUCUAAACUGGCUAGAUUGCCAACCUAGAAGUUCAGUUCUAUAUAUUUCAAUGGGAAGCUUUCUUUCAAUUUCUAGUGCCCAAAUGGAUGAAAUUGCAAUUGGUUUGCACGAUAGUGGUGUCAGAUUCUUAUGGGUUGCGCGUGAUGAGACCUGCAGGUUGAAUGAAGUUUGUGGUGAUAUGGGGUUAGUAGUGCCUUGGUGUGACCAGUUGAAAGUCUUAUCUCAUUCUUCUAUAGGAGGCUUUUGGUCACACUGUGGGUGGAAUUCCACUAAAGAAGGUAUGUUCUAUGGUAUUCCUUUUCUUACAUAUCCUAUAGGAUUUGAUCAGAUUCAUAAUAGUAAGCUAAUUGUGGAGGAUUGGAAAAUUGGGUGGAGGGUGAAGAAAGAUGUGGGAGCAGACAAUUUGGUGACAGGAGCGGAAAUUGCAAAGUUAGUGACGAAAUUUAUGGAUUUGGAAAGUGAUGAAAUGAAAGAAAUUAGAUCAAAAGCAAGUGAAGUUCAACACAUAUGUCAACGUGCGAUUGUCAAAGGAGGAUCAUGUGAAAGCAGCAUCAAUGCUUUCAUCAAGGACCUCUCAAAUUGCGAUGGUUAUUGAGUUAACAAUAAUUUUUUUGUUCUUCGUUUCACAACCAUAGAAUGCUAGUGUCCCUUUGUUUUAUGAAAAAAUCCAUGUUGAUCUGUUGUUGUUGUUGUUGUUUUUUUUUUUUUUUUUUUUUUUGGAUAAUUGGAUAGUUAAGGAGGGAACUUUGAUAUCUAGAUAUCUCUUUUAGAAACACUGGGAAGUGUAGUUGAACUACAAAGCUUAAUAUUAAAUUUGGUUGUAAGGUUCACCAAUUACCAACAUCAAUAAAGUUGAAUCCAUGCUUCUUCUUUUUUA